AAACGCUAGUGUGUACUUGGUCUUCGGUCUAUUGCGUGUAGAAUAGCUCAGCCUACUCAUUGAUAGCCCUGACCUUCGUGAAUUUGCGCGAGACAUUACAAGGCAAGCAAUUGUGAAAUACAUUGCAAUAGCCUACAUAUUUUGAUUACCGAUGCACAGUUCUGCCUGCUAGCGGACAUGCCUGGCUGUGCCCCUCCCAUCUCCCCCUCGCUCUUUCUUUGCGGUGAAAGAUGCGAGUUUGUGUUCUUCUGGAAAUAGUUUCCUCCAUUGCAAAAAUACUGAAUUUUAGGAGUCGAAGCUUGACACCAAGGAAAGGGAGUCGAAAGGCAAGGAGUCGAGGAAUCGAUUAUUUUGGAGUCGACUAUCCACCACUACCCAGUUCUCUCCGUGGUUCUCUCUAGUCUCUAUGCAUUUAAUUUCAAUAACCUGUAUCAUCAUAUUUUGUUUUACUGUAAAGCGGACUGGUAAUAUGCCAAUCUACAAAACAGCACCUUUGGCUAUGGUUAUUAAACGAGUCAAUAUUGCUUGUGUUGAUAACGGUCAAUGUUUUUUUGACAUUGCACAUUUUAUUCAGAUAGAAAAAUGCAUGUAAACAGAGCUCAAUUGCUAUUAUUAUUAUUGUCAACGACUACUAUCAACAAUGAUGCCUCAUGAUCUUAUUUUACUACGUGUAAUAAUGCUGUUCUAUAAUAAUUUGUACACCCAUCCCCCACGUCGACAUACUUCGAAAGGACCUACUCGCGAAGGGUGAUUUCAAUAGUGGAGCUUGGUGCUGUCACAUUCUCAGACUCACUUGAGAAAUGUCCAACCCGGACCCCCCCAUGGGAGGGACGCCUCGGCCGGGCCCGUCUCCAGGCCCUUCUCCAGGAGCCAUGAGGGGCCCCAGCCCUUCCCCAGGCUCUGCUCAUAGCAUGAUGGGACCCAGCCCAGGUCCCCCAGCCUCUGGACACUCCCACCCACAACAGGGGCCCUCAGUAUAUCCUCAGGAGAAUAUGCAUCAGAUGCACAAACCUAUGGAAGGCAUGCAUGAGAAGGGCAUGUCUGAUGACCCUUGCUAUGGACCAAUGAAGAGCAUGGGCAUGAGACCAGGUGGAGGCCACAUUGGAAUGGGACCCCCUCCUAGCCCCAUGGAUCAACAUUCACAAGGCUACCCCUCUCCACUGGGGAGUUCUGAGCACUCUCCCAACCCUGUGCCAGCCAACAGCCCUCCCCCCGGCCCCAUGAUGCCCUCUGGCCCAGGUGUCCCCAUGGAGGGUGGUGACCCCCAGGCCAUGGGCCAGCAGAGCCUCGGUGGUGUCCUGAGUGGUGGUUCUGUGCCAGGCGGUGUUGGGCCUGGUGGACCCACCCCCUUCAACCAAAACCUGCUGCACCAGCUCAGGGCCCAGAUCAUGGCCUACAAGAUGCUGGCUUGCAGCCAGCCCCUGCCAGACCACCUGCAGAUGGCUGUGCAGGGCAAGAGGCCCAUGCCAGGGAUGCAGCAGCAGCCAGGGAUGCCCAACAUGCCCCCUUCCUCUGGGCCUGGAGAAGGGCCUGGACAGCCACCAGCAAACUACAACAGACCACUUGGAAUGGUAGGCCCAAACAUGCCUCCUCCAGGACCCUCAGGUGUUCCUCCUGGUAUGCAGGGCCAGCCCACCAAUGUACCCCCUAAACAAGGGCCCAUGGUGAAUGCUGCUGUUCCAUCCAGUGCCCCCCAGAAGCUGAUUCCCCCUCAGCCCACUGGCAGACCCUCCCCUGCUCCCCCCUCCCCCCAGCCCCCACCCAUGGUGCUGCACCAAAAACAGAACCGCAUCACGCCCAUCCAGAAGCCCCAUGGCCUGGACCCAGUAGAGAUCCUCCAGGAGAGAGAGUACAGGCUGCAGGCUCGAGUGCUGAGGCACGUAGCGAGUAAAAAUAAUCUGUCCUCCGUUCCAACACUCACUACCGAGUUUCAAACUGCCUCUGGAAGCAACGUCAGCACAAGAACUGUUCGUCGGGAGCUUCAUGCUUCAUGA